UCGUUCGCGGUGUCCACGGCAUUUUCUCUCAGUCUGAAUCACGCGGCGAAAGGCUGCUUACAUGGUUCGCCACCCUCCUCUUAGUCGGUCAAAUGAAUCCCAGGGUAUGAGCCACUUGUCUGGAUUGAAGUUUGUGCAGCGUGUCGGUCCAGCAAAACAUGACAAAAAGUAGCAGAUACGUUCGCUGCAUCCGGUGGAUUUCGGCAGUGGCAGCUUUGUUUUGUUUGGGUUUUAUCGCAGGUUGGGUUGCAAAGUCCACUCAUCCAAACUAUGCAAGCAGUGCCUCCGGGCAAUAUAUGCGUGAGUUUCUGGAUGAAAUGCUACCUAGUAAGAUCAGAGAGCAUCUCAGGAAAUUUACGCGUCUCCCCCACCUGUCCGGCACAGAGCAGAAUCUGAGGUAUGCGGAACAGGUUCAGAAAGAGUGGCAGGAAUUUGGCUUGGACUCAGUAGAGAUGGUGCCGUACGAUGUCCUGCUGUCCUACCCCAACGUAUCGCAACCCAAUUACAUUGCAAUAGUUGAUGCGCAAGGCCAUGAGGUUUUCACCACAUUAUUGGCCGAGCCCACUCCUGAGGGUUAUGAAGAUGUUGCCAACAUUGUGCCUCCUUACAGCGCCUACUCUGCCAAAGGACAACCCGAGGGGGACUUGGUGUACGUCAACUAUGGCCGCACUGAAGACUUUUUCCAGUUGAAGAGCCAGAUGGGAAUCAAUGUGACUGGCAAGAUUGCCAUUGUCAGAUACGGGAAGAUAUUCCGAGGCAAUAAGGUGAAGAAUGCCAUGUUGGCAGGCGCAAAGGGACUUAUUUUGUUCUCUGAUCCAGCUGAUUACAGUGCCGAUGGAGUCAAGCCGUACCCUGAAGGCUGGAACCUUCCGGGUGGUGGAGCUCAGAGAGGAAAUGUUAUGAACCUGAAUGGAGCAGGAGACUCUCUCACACCCGGCUACCCUGCUAAAGAAUACACCUACAGAUCCCGUCCUGAGGAUGGAGUGGGCCUUCCCAGCAUCCCUGUGCAUCCCAUUGGCUUCCAUGAUGCAUUUCACUUCCUCAAGAACAUGGGAGGCCAAAUUCCUCCAAACCACUGGAAAGGAGCUUUAAAUGUCUCUUACAGAAUCGGUCCAGGUUUUACGGAUGACUUCAAGAACCAGUUGGUGCGCAUGAACAUCCACACCAACAAUCAGGUGACCAGGAUCUACAAUGUCAUUGGAAGGAUAAGAGGAGCUCUCGAGCCAGACAGGUAUGUGAUUCUGGGAGGACACCGGGACGCCUGGGUUUUUGGAGGAAUAGAUCCCAUGUCGGGAGCUGCUUUGGUCCAUGAAACUGUCCGCAGUGCUGGCAGGCUUCUCAGUAAAGGCUGGAGGCCGAGAAGAACUAUAAUAUUUGCCAGCUGGGAUGCAGAGGAAUUCGGACUCCUGGGCUCUACAGAAUGGGCAGAGGACAAUGCCAAACUGCUUCAGGAGAGAGCAGUGGCCUACAUCAAUGCAGACUCCGGCAUUGAGGGUAUGUACACACUCAGGGUUGACUGUACGCCAUCUCUGCACACCCUCGUGUAUGACCUCACUAAACAGAUAGCCAGUCCAGAGAGAGAAGAGGAAGAACUUUCCCUGUAUGAAAGUUGGCAUAAGAAAGACAACUGGACAAAUGACCGUGAUGCACCCAGGAUCAGCAAACUGGGUUCAGGAAGUGAUUUUGAAGCCUAUUUUGUCCGUCUGGGAAUUGCAGCGGGCAGAGCAAGAUACACCAAGAACAGGAAAAGCGAGCGAUACAGCAGUUAUCCCGUCUAUCACACUGUGUAUGAAACCUUCGAAGUUGUGGAGAAGUUUUACGACCCUUCCUUCACGAGGCUACGGGCUGUGGCUCAAGUAAGAGGCGGCCUCGUCUUCCUCCUGGCAGAUUCCCAGAUCGUCCCUCUCGAUGCCAACCAGUACGCCAUCUCCCUCGACAAGUACACGCGCAGCAUCGCAGGGAUGGCACAAACGCACCUGAAGGACAUGCAGACGUACGAGGUGUCAUUUGACUCCAUGUUUUCCGCAGUUGAGAACUUCACUGUUGCGGCAAGGGAGUUUCACGAGCGCCUACAAACUGUCAACAGAGCAGAUCCUCUGCAGGUACGUGCAAUGAACGAUCAGCUCAUGUAUCUGGAGAGGGCCUUUAUAGAUCCCCUGGGCUUACCUGGAAGACCAUUCUACAGACAUGUGAUAUUUGCUCCAAGCAGCCACAAUAAAUACGCAGGGGAAUGUUUCCCUGGCAUCUACGACGCAUUAUUCGACAUUGAGCGCUCGGUGGACCGAGAGAAGGCCUGGAAUGAAGUCAAGCAACAAAUCAGCAUAGCGGCAUUCACUGUCCACGCUGCUGCCAUGUCACUUGCACCACCUGCAUGAUGCACCCAUGUGUAGCAUGGGAUUAAAUUUCUGUUAACUAACUGUUUUGUUCAUUGAUUGAUGUGUUUCGACUGUUAAAAAGCUUUGCAGUGUAAUUCACACUAUUGUAUUUUUUUUUUUUUAAACGGUGUAGCUUUCAGGUUAAUAUACUGUGGUUUAAGUCAAUGUUUUUAAUGGAAGAAUUUGAAGGCUUGUGUAAUGUUGCAUUUAGUAAAACUAUCCAUCCAUCCA